AUGUGUUAUUACUUCACUCGCUGCAAACAUGGCCGACAAGACGCCGAAGGAGCACGUCGGUACCCCCGUUGCGACCAGGAUAGACCCGACAAAAGAGGCUAUUUCUGAAGGACAGCUGCACUUCAUCCGGCAGGUAGAGCUCCAGCAGUGGAAGAAGAAAACACAGAAGCUGCGGACGCGAAACGUCGUGACGGGAAUCGCCAUUGGAGCACUCGUUAUGGGAAUUUACGGCUACACAUUUUACGCCGUCUCCCAGGAGCGGAUCAUGGAUGAAAUGGACGAAGAGGCCAAGCGUGCGAGACUGCAGGGACCGAAGACCGGUGCCAACUGAGACCCGCGUUGUUGGACUCUUGUGUCUGUCCUGCACUGCACUGAGAAGGGACUUAUGUGGACUCUGAUAUAUAUUCCAUUGGUGGCCGCUGUCUUUCAUGUCGAGACAGCGGUGGGCUUUGUUUUGUCUUGAUUGCGACGGUGAGGUUCUGCUGCUGACUUAUAACUAGAUGUGUCUUGAUUUUUAUUAAGUUUGCCUGUCAGCGGAAAGGACCAAUCCACUGAUCUUACAUGCUUCCCGGAAGGCCAGACUGAAGAGCAAUUUCAACCCUUAUCCAACACGUCACUGGACCUGAUCAUGUGAUGCAUAUACAGCCAGCUAAUGAUGUUAAAUCUACAGAGGCCUUUAACAGCAGAGUAAUGCCAGUGACACCCGGAUAACCUGUUGAAUCUUCUUUGUCUAUAAAGUAAUGAUUUGUAAAAUAAAAAUCUAAUGUAUGAUUUCUUUUAACGGAAUUAUGUUUAACUAUUCAUGUGAGAAAAAGACAGAGUGAAGCAGUAAAGAUGACGAAAGCA